AUGACGAUCGCCUAUUGCAUGACGAUCGCCUAUUGCGCGUCCAAAAAGGCUACAGCCUCGGGGACAGAAUCAAGCUUCUGCGUGCGUACGAGAACUCCCCUCUUUCCGCCAGUGCCAUUUGCCAUUGAGGGGAUUGCACAGUCCGCGUGGGAGACUUGGCUCACCAAGAAGGCCAAGUACUUGGCCACUGCGCGGAACAAGAAGCUCGCCUCGCUUGGGGAACCGAUGGCGAGCCUCCCGCGUGUGCAGGCAUUACCACGGAUCCCGGAGACGUGCGGGCAACAACAAGGAUGCCCACCAGGCGCGGCUUAUGGUGGUCUCCCAGCGCAGUCCUACCGCCCACAAGCGCGACAGUCGUCGCGGGUGGGUAAUGGCUCGACGAUGGUUAUGUCCAUCGUCGCGCCCAACUACCAUGGAGUGCCGACGACAACGACCCGACAACCGGGUUAA